AUGGCUGCCCACGCUGUAACAGGCUCGACUGCCUCCUUAUCCGACCUACCACUACCUUCAUAUGUGCAGUCUAACCAUAUUGAUCUCACCCUUGACGACGAUGACGACUCUUAUGGCCCCCAUACACCCCGUUUUGCUAAGCGUCCUCGCACAGAUCUUUCUGGGCCCCAACGCAAUGAUCAAUUCACCAACCAUCCUAAUCCAUACGAUGCAUCGACGUCCAGGGUGUCCCCAUUUACUUCGCCCCUUUCAAACAUCAAUCCGCCUUUUGUAAAAUCCAAUCUUGCCAAUCAUUCUACCCCGUAUCUCCCAACUGUUGCACCAAAUCAGUCUAUGUAUCGGCCAGCCUUCGCUGGGCCACCUCCCUACAUUAUUCCCCGUCCGCCACAAACCUCUAAUAUUACGGCUGACCGAAGCUCUUCCAUCACCUCUCCCCCGUCGUCUCAAUUGAUGCGGCAAUCUUUUUCAGAAGCACCUGCUCGUCAGGUCAUUGACCUUACAGGAUCCCCUUCGCCACCGCCAACCGAUUCUUUGAGCAACUCCAAAAUAUCAACUUUACCCCCUGAACUAGCACCCAAGACUCCUGUGUGCAUUGGUCAGCUCACCGUGACGGCACUUAUUUUGUACCCUGUCCCCUACCUCGUCCCGCAGGAAUAUGGCCGAAGCGAAGAAUGGGCUGCUGUGAGGCUACAAUACGAACAUAAUCCAAAUAAGCCUGGAGGAUCUGAAACUAUUCAUAUCAGAACCCCACACGGGAGGGGACCGAAUGGAGAAACCGUACCUGGAGAAGGAUUUGCGGUCAUUGAGCAGAAGGUCGCAACGGCGCUUGGGCCCAUGCUGGGUAAGGGACUCAUCAGGCUAGAUGCGAAAGUUAAGAAAGGGCCACCAAACCUUCCCAUUCUUCCUUUACAAAUGCUGGUUUACACCCCGAAGGGAAAUAUACCUGUUGUCGGCAGCUAUUUGAAGGAAUCCGGUCUUUUUCUUGAUCAUCCCUCACCUCCAUAUGAUAUCCAUCGACUUUCAAGUUAUCAUUACCACAAUCCGCACAAUCCUCCUCCAGGUGGUUACAACCGCGCUGUCUUUGUGCCAAAUCGGAUGAAUGUGGGGCCACAAAGGGAGAACGUACGGUGGAGCACACCAUCCAUGGUGGGCAAGAGCGUUGAGGUUCAAAGAAGUCAAGUGGACGAACUGUUCAAGAGUUUGAAAGAUGGUGACGAGCUCGAAGAAACCGAACCCUCUGCUGAUGUAGCCACUCAACUCUAUCCUCAUCAGAAGAAGGCUCUAACCUUUCUUUUGGAACGUGAACGCGAGAAGACUGGUGUAGAUGGCAAUUAUUCUUCGCUGUGGCAACAAAGACAGCACCCAUUGUCACGCCAAAUCAGUUGGUUUCAUAUCGUCACACAGAAAGAGAUUUUUGAAGAGCCACGCGAGGCUAAAGGCUCGAUUCUUGCGGAUGAUAUGGGACUAGGGAAGACAAUCACUUGCGUUUCCCUCAUUGCCGCAACGCGCGCUGCUUCACAUGCUUUUGCAGCAUCUCCCCUUGAACCAAUCCCUCCUCCACCUCGUGAAACUGAGCAUCCAGAUGCUUCCCAUUUUUCUGGGACUGUUUGGGGAAUGCCCGACGUUGUUGAUGCCCCUCAGACGUUAAACAAGGGCAAGGCAAAGGCAAAUAAGUCACUGGACAAGCUCGAAGCGGAUUACGCAAGAUCCUGUCGUAUCAAGGCAAAGAGCAGGGCCACUUUAAUUAUAUGCCCCCUUUCGACUGUCUCCAACUGGGAGGAUCAAUUUCGCGAGCAUUGGAAAGGAGAUGUCGUGGUUUUCGGAGGCAGCGGAGGUACUUGCAUACCGUCCAAUUCUGCGCCACCUUGCAGCCAACCCAGCCUGUUUUCAAACUCAAUGCUCAUCGACACUAAACCGGUUGCCCCUUCCCAGACAGGCAACCCCCUGCGGAUCUACAUUUAUCAUGGAAACGCGCGCCGACCCGAUCCCGCUUUUUUGGGCGAUUUUGACGCUGUGAUCACGACCUACGCUACCCUUGCAUCAGAAUUUUCAAAGCAAAAUAGAAGUACAGCAACAGCAGAUGAUGAUGAAGACGAUGCUGGGAGUAGUGACGGCGUGGGUGGUGUCGAUAUUGAUGAGUAUGGGAAUCAAGUGCUGCGGUUGCCAAAGUCAAAGAAAACGGGAAUGAAGCGAAAGAAAUCCAACAUCUUCACUAGCGGCGCAGAGGUUACAAGCGCUUUACAGAGCAUACACUGGUUUCGAGUCGUACUAGACGAGGCGCACUCUAUCAAGGAGACAGGCACCGUCGGAAGUCGCGCAUCCUGCGACUUGGUGGCUGAUCGACGUUUAUGUUUGACUGGAACGCCAGUGCAAAAUAAGUUGGACGACGUGUUCGCCCUCAUUAAAUUUUUGCGGCUGGAACCAUUUGAUGACAAAAAUACAUGGACUGAGUACAUCGGAAGCCCCGUGAAGUUUGGACAGGCUCUUGGAGUUGCUCGGCUACAAACCAUCAUGAAAUGCAUAACGCUUCGUCGCACCAAAGAAACAGAGACACAAGAUGGAAAAAAGAUUCUGGCUCUUCCUCCUCGUCGCGAUGAACUUCGAUACUUGAAGUUUGAUCCCCAGGAACAAGAGAUCUAUGACCAGUUUUUCAAUGAGUCAAAAGCUGAGUUCAACGAUUUGUCGACGAAGAACGAGGUUAUGAAGAACUACGUCGGGAUUUUGCAAAAGAUUUUACGUCUCCGUCAAAUAUGCGACCAUUUCGAACUGGUCCAGGGGAAAAGCGUUACUCGGGAGGAUCAUGGACAAGAUGCAACCGCAGCUUGCGAGGACCUCGUUUCCGACAUCGCCCAGGAAGGCUUCAAUCUUGCGCACGCGUUGUCUAUAUUUGCCAUUUUGCGCGAAUCUGCGACUACGCAGUGCGUGGAAUGCGGCGCGGAGCUUGGUAUAUCGCCAGAUCUUCAAGGAGACGGCCUUGAUGGCGAUGGUCCUCCUAUGGCUAAGCGCGGAAGAAAGGCCAAGGGCUCGAAUUCACGCGGACCCACCCGUGCCAAUAGUCCAUCUUCCUCCCGACCUAUUCUAACACGUUGCCAACAUCUCUUUUGCUUUGAAUGCUAUCGCAACUCUGUCUGUCCGGGAUGGCCAAAUGUAUCUCCAGACAUCAGACGAUCAUGUUCCGCAUGUCAGACGGGCCUUUGUCCCUCGGACGCUGUCGAAAUCAAAGCAGACGUCGUGGCCGAUCAGAUACCAAGGAAGAAGACACAAAAACGCGAGAAGAGGCAGAAAGGCAUUCCGAUAGAAAAUUUUCACCCGUCCACGAAAGUUCGGGCGCUGUUGCAAGACUUAGUAGAAUUUUCGAGGAUGAAUCCAUAUUCGGCCAACUAUGACUCGGAAGUGCAGGUAAUUGACGGACAAGGAAACCACUUGGAUAGCGGCGUCGUGAAGACAGUCGUUUUCUCUCAAUGGACCACUAUGCUCGAUAAGAUUGAGGACGCUUUAGAAGUCGCUGGCAUUAGAUAUGAUCGUUUAGACGGGACCAUGAAAAGAGAUGACCGGACGAAAGCCAUGGACGCAUUAAAAACCGACCCUGGCUGUGAGGUUCUUCUCGUCAGUCUCAAGGCGGGGGGUGUUGGCUUGAACCUCACCGCUGCCCAACGGGUGUAUUUGAUGGAUCCUUACUGGAAUCCUGCUGUCGAGAAUCAGGCAGUGGAUCGCAUUCAUCGCCUAGGUCAAACUCGUCCAGUAACAACCGUGAAACUAAUUAUCGAAAACUCCAUCGAAGCUCGCCUACUGGAAGUUCAAAAGAAGAAGACAGCACUAGCAAACAUGACCCUCGGUCAGAACUUCAGCAAAUCGGACCUAUUGGCGCGUCGACUGGAAGAAUUAGCUCAAUUAUUUAGUACUAAUAAUUCCACUGGUGGUAGUAUGGUAGAGUCUUUUUAG